CCGGCCAGUUGUGGUGUGCACGUUGCAACGAACGGGCUGUCAGGUUUGCCGGUGAAAAGCGUACAUUGUUUCUCUCCAGACGUGUGAAACGAAGCGACCAGCAUCGCUCGCGCAACGCACCACUUCCGGUAAGCACAUCUCAGCCGAGCUCCGUCGUCGCUAUACGAUCGUUUUUGCGUGCUCUAACGCUCGGUAUAAAGAGACCAUCGUGCACUGUUCGGUCUAGCGCUUAUCUGACGCUUAGUUAUUCGUGCGCCCGGUUCGAGGUUCGAUCGUCGGUCGCUGUGGAACGGUUGGUUCAGUUUGCGUCGAACCUAGCUCGUGGUCGGAUCGUGCAAGCAGCGCUACAAGCUUUGCCGCCUUUCUACACUUGCAGUCUCGUGAACAUUUCCGUGCACGUGUGCGCUAACCUUCAUUCAAGAGGAUCAUACAUCUCAGUGUUUUACCGUGCGUUCGAUUUCGAGUGGAAAGUGAUCGUGCCAGUUCUUGAAAAGUGCAUUUGCGCUACCAAUUUUAAGACCGUUUAUCGCAAAAAACACUCUGUCAACAUGAGAGAAAUCGUGCACCUGCAGGCCGGUCAGUGCGGUAACCAGAUUGGAGCCAAGUUUUGGGAAAUCAUCUCCGAGGAGCAUGGCAUUGAUGCCUCCGGUGUCUACAAUGGCGAAUCCGAUCUUCAGCUCGAGCGUGUUAGCGUGUACUAUAACGAAGCAUCGGCAGUGUCGCGGGCAUCCGGUGGCAAGUAUGUGCCGCGUGCCAUUCUACUCGAUCUGGAGCCGGGUACCAUGGAGGCAGUCCGUUCCGGAUCGUACGGUAAGCUGUUCCGUCCGGAUAACUUCGUCUUCGGACAGUCUGGUGCCGGCAACAACUGGGCCAAGGGACACUACACCGAGGGUGCUGAGCUGGUCGAUGCCGUGUUGGAUGUGGUGCGCAAGGAGUGCGAGAACUGCGACUGUCUGCAGGGAUUCCAACUGACGCACUCACUGGGAGGUGGUACCGGUUCGGGUAUGGGCACGCUGCUGAUCUCGAAAAUCCGCGAAGAGUAUCCGGAUCGUAUCAUGAACACCUACUCGGUUGUACCGUCACCGAAAGUGUCGGACACGGUGGUUGAGCCGUACAAUGCUACCCUCUCGAUCCAUCAGCUGGUGGAGAACACGGACGAGACGUACUGUAUCGAUAACGAGGCCCUGUACGAUAUCUGUUUCCGUACGCUGAAGGUGCCCAAUCCGAGCUACGGCGAUCUGAACCAUCUCGUUUCGCUGACGAUGUCCGGUGUGACCACCUGUCUGCGAUUCCCGGGACAGCUGAAUGCCGAUCUGCGCAAGCUGGCCGUCAACAUGGUGCCGUUCCCGCGUCUUCACUUCUUCAUGCCCGGUUUCGCUCCACUGACGUCCCGUGGCUCCCAGCAGUACCGUGCGCUCACCGUGCCGGAGCUGACCCAACAGAUGUUCGAUGCCAAGAACAUGAUGGCGGCUUGCGAUCCACGCCAUGGCCGCUACCUAACGGUCGCUGCCGUGUUCCGUGGACGCAUGUCCAUGAAGGAGGUCGACGAGCAGAUGCUGGCGGUUCAGAACAAGAACAGCAGCUACUUCGUCGAGUGGAUCCCGAACAACGUCAAGACUGCUGUCUGUGAUAUUCCGCCGAAGGGCCUUAAAAUGUCGUCCACGUUCAUUGGUAACACCACCGCCAUCCAGGAGCUGUUCAAGCGCAUCUCGGAGCAGUUCUCCGCUAUGUUCCGUCGCAAGGCGUUCUUGCACUGGUACACGGGCGAGGGUAUGGACGAGAUGGAGUUCACCGAGGCGGAGAGCAACAUGAACGAUCUGGUAUCGGAGUACCAGCAGUACCAGGAAGCGACCGCUGACGACGAGUUCGAACAGGAAGACUGCCAGGAUGAGAUGGAGGGCGAGUGCGUUUGAGGCGGACGGGCGGGCCGUUCGAAGAGAGCAGUCCGUGGCCAGCACCAACUUCCUGGCUUUGGCAUUUUUAUUAUUUAUUAAAAUUUCUCGUAGCUAGGCAAACGAUUUUAUAUUCCGAAUACCGGAGACUGCGUGUGUGUAAAGAAACGUUAAAGUAACACUUACUAAACAAAAACAAAGAAGAACAGAAAAACAUAAGAAAAAAAAGUAUCGUAAGAAUAUACUCGAUUCACCGUUUGAUCAUUUCUACAGGAUACUUGAAUUGAUACAACUUCUAAAAGAACGCAAAUGCUACUCAAUAUCAUCUUCGAUCUCAAGACAGAAGCUUGUUUCUGUAUCGAGAUAUUUUGUAACUUCUAGCGCAAACAGUAAAGACUCCCUGGUUUUUUUUCUAAGGGUGGAAAGUUCGUCUCCCGUUAUGAAGGUACUCAAGCAAAGUUUCUUGAUAUCGGAGAAACUGCUAGCGGAGAGUCCCAAACGACUAGAAGGAAAGGAUUGCAGACGAAGAUAAUGGUGAGGGCGAGCCCUUUCCAACCAACUAUGAGAAUACCAUGUGAGUUAUUUUACUCCUAACAGAAUAGUUUUCGAUCAGAUGACGGUGUUUUGUUUUUGAUAACAGAUGAACUGAGUGACACGGGGUGUUGUUUUGGAGAACCUACAAAUACCUAUGGAUAGGAAUUAGUAGUCUUGUCAGCUUACAAUCGGAUGGUAGCAUCUAUAACAAUAGAGAACAUCUACUCAAAACCCAUUGCGUGCAGAUACGCGUGCUGAUUGUUUGUUUGUGUUGAAAUUCUUGACCAGCCGGUAAUGGCAUCGAACGUGAAGGUGGACGCCAAAGACGCGAAGAGUUGUGUGUAAUGAGCAGCAGUAAUUGUAACCAUACUGGCAAAUCAUUGAGUGAUGACAGUCAAGCGAAAUAUAUCCUCAUUAUUUAUACCAUGUA